AUGUCGACUGUUUCCCCGCAAGACGAGGCCGCACCAGCACGCAGCAAUAGCUUUUCCCAGCAAUCCCAAGCGUCGGACGAUUCGCAGACAGCAGCAGAGUUCCUCCGCAACCAGGAGCUCCUCGAGGCCGAUGCCCGCGAAGCGCUCCCCUAUAGUAUCGAAUGUUGCACCAAGAUUCUCGGCCCGCUUCGACAGAACGUCUUUGCCUGUCUGACAUGCAACCCCGCCACAGAAGACCCGUCCGCGUGGAAGCCGGCAGGCGUAUGCUACGCCUGCUCCGUGCAAUGCCACGGGGAACACAGGCUGGUGGAAAUCUUCCAGAAGCGAAACUUCACAUGCGACUGCGGCACCAAGAGAAUCCCGGCGACAAGCCCAUGCACACUGCGGACAAACGAAGAAACCAAGACCAAAGGCAACGUCCACUCGGAAGAGCCAGACGUCAACAACAAGUACAACCAGAACUUUCGCAACAUCUUUUGCGGCUGCGAAUGCGACUAUGAUCCGUUCCAGCAAAAGGGCACAAUGUUCCAGUGCCUGGGGCUGGGCACCCACGAGUCCGGAGGCUGCGGCGAGGACUGGUACCACCCCGGCUGCCUCGUAGGCAUGGGCCCCAGGUGGUUCGACAAGAUGCCAGGUGUCAAGAGAAGACGGAACGGCGGCGCACUGGCCACCAUUUCGGAGGGCAAUGAAGAGCAACCGGAGGACGCCCCGGCCGACGAUGCCGACGUCGCCGUGCUCGACGACGAGGACGAGCCGCCCAUGCCGCCGGGAUUCCCCGACGAAGACGAGUUCGAGGGCUUCCUGUGCUACAAGUGUGCGGACGCGAAUCCCUGGAUCAAGCGCUACGCGGGCACUUCGGGAUUUCUGCCACCCGUCUUCCUCGACCCGGCCGAGGGCAACACGGCCACGCGCCAGGCCAAGACGGAGGUCGAGACGGACAAUGAGCCGAGCUCGAGAAAACGCAAGGCCGACAAGGACGUCGAAGAAGCAGCAGAAGCCAAGCGCGUCAAGAGCGAAGAGCAGGACUCGCCCUCCAAGGCCGAGCCCGGCAAGGACAGCACGCCACGUGCCCCCGAAGCCGCGCAGACGGACAGCACCCAGCUGGGAUGCAAGCUUCCGAACCUGCCCGCCGCGCCGCCGGGCCGGUUCUCGCUCUUCUUCAAGGAGGGCUUCCGGGACCAGUUGUGCCGCUGCACAGACUGCCACGGGCUCGUCAACGCGCACCCGCAACUCCUCGAGGAAGAGGAGGUGUACGAGCCGCCCAUUUCGGAGGACGGCGGCUCGCGGCACGGCGGCUCCACGCACGGCAGCGGCAGUCUCCUCGAACGAGGCGAAAGCGCCCUGCGCAACGUGGACCGCGUCCGGGCAAUCGAGGGCGUCAUGGCCUACAACCACCUCAAGGAGCGGCUGAAGCCGUUCUUCCAGCAGUUUGCCGAGAGCGGCAAGGCCGUCGGCGCCGAGGACAUCAAGGCCUACUUUGCAAAGCUGCGCGGCGACGAGCAGGGCAUCAGGGAGGCCGGACAGGCGGCGGCCGAUUCAAAGGACGGCGAGGGUGGCGGUGACGCCCGGCGUGAGCAGAGCGGCUAUUGA